UAGUGAAAGGUGCAGUUUAGUGGGAAAAAAUUAGUUGUCUUCCGCUUAGGACUGAUAAGUACUUAAACCGAAUUUAAAUCAAUGUGUGAAAUGAGGAUAUUUUCAACGAGAUUCGAGAGUUAUUAAUAAACAUAAGUAUAUAAACAAGGAUCUAACAUAUUAUUUAUUAAACCAGGUAAUACAAGCCCUUACUUCCGUGAAACAUAGAAAUGAUGAAUCUAGGCUUUUCGCUGACCUUUCUGCUGGUACUCUUGUUCGCCAAAGAAAUAUGUCCUAACGAAACGACAGAGCAAUUCAUUAUCUAUAUGGAUGUACACAACGAUAUCGAUAAUUUAAUUCAUUGGGGCAACAAUUGCGAAGCAAAGCUAACUACAUUAGAACAAACUGUAGUGGAAACCAUACAAUCGAGAGAGAGGUCGAAUGAAAAAUAUUUGGAAACAUUGAAUAAAUUGGAAUAUUUGGAGCACACUGUGAGCAGCUAUGAAUUAAAGAUGAACACUCUGGAACAUAACAUACAGAGUUUAAUUUCGGGAUCCAAGCAAAUUGAGGAGGAGCUUAGAAACACCAUUCAUAUGUUGAGUGCGACAGUGUCAGAUUUAGCAUCUAAGUUUUCGCUUCUGCACAGGGACCGUCCAUUGCCAGAAAGAGAGCGUCCUUUUAAAACUCCCAGCACUACAUUCGGAGAGCGUCGUCCAACAUUAGUACCGCCAGUAACAUAUGUACCUCCACCCAAGGUACCAACAGCAGGGCGCCUGGUUUCACAAGUUUGUGAAGAAAUUGAAGGAGCGUUGCAAUCGAAAGGCAUUAAGCGGUUCGUGUCAGGAAUUCAUCCUUCCCUGGCUAUCGUUGAAAGGAAGUUGCGUCGGUCUAGUUCUUUUAGAUGUACGGGAGCUUUGAUUGGUCAACGCUUUGUUCUAACUUCGGCCCGUUGUUUAUACGCAGGUGGGGCAAACUUUGUGCGCUUGGCAAAUCGCAGUGAUAAAACAAGCGCCUUGGGAAAGAAUAUUAAAAAAACGUAUAUACAUCCCAAAUACGCUAACAGAAAGAACAAUGUAGGCGUGAUCGAACUGGAAGGCGAUGUGGAGUACUCUUCGCUCGUGUAUCCCAGCUGUUUAUACACUGCUGCAACAAUUUCAAUAGCUAACGCCGAGGUUUUUUACACACAAUAUCAAGAUUCGAUUUUGUCACAAACAUUGCAGGAAUUGCGCGGUCAAAUUGUCCCGUACUCAAAUUGUGCGACAUUCGCUGAGUCUCACGCGCAAGAUCCAUAUGAGGACUCGUUAAUAUGUGUACGUUAUUACAAUGCUUUGGAUUCGUCUUAUAGCUCCUCCCAGGGUCCGUUAUUUUUCAACCAAAAGGAUGUGUUAGGUAAAGAGCGCAUCAUUGCGGUGGAUUCGGAGAACUCACUUCGGAACGACGUUUAUAUGGCGCAGAAGCUCACAAAGGUGUAUGAUCAUUUGGAUUUUAUUGAGAGUGUAAUGAGGAGUUGAUUUCAUUUGUUAUUCUAAUUAGAUUAACUUUGAUUGUUUGGA